UGAGAUGGUUGCUUAGACAAGAACUGCUGGUCACUACAGAGUAUACCUCAAAUAACAAAGAAACUUCAAGACUGGGUCCUAGUCUACAUUGAUGAUCAGGAUAAAUGGAAGCGCAUUAAGCCACUCGGGAGAUGUGUGGUGGCACAGCGAAAACCACAAAUCGGCCAGCGGGCCAGCAGGAGUCUGCCAGAUGUGUGAGUGAUGCCGUUUCUGGUUCUGGAAGGAUUUACAAGACAGUUUUAUGUGCAAAGAUUCCAAAGUGUGCCCGAAUAGGAAGGGGCACCUCUCCUGUGGAACUCAGCAACAGUUGGUCAUGUUCGGAAUUUGACCUGAGUGACAUUCGCCUGAUUGUUUACCAGGACUGUGAGAGGAGAGGCAGACAAGUCAUGUUUGAUUCCAGAGCUGUUCAAAAGAUGGAAGAGGUGGCAGCUCAGAAAGCAGAGGAUGUCCCUGUUAAAAUGUCAGCCAGGUGCUGUCAGGGAAGCAGCAAUGUCAGCAGCAGCAGCAGCAGCAGCAGCAGUAGCAGCAGCAGGAGCAGCAGCAGCAGCAGCAGCAGCAGGAGCAGCAGCAGCAGCAGCAUCUCUUGCCAUAGUUCUGGAGGAUCUUUACAACAUGCUAAGGAGCAGCUUCCAAAGUACCAGUACACAAGACCAGCUUCUGAUGUCAACAUGCUUGGGGAAAUGAUGUUUGGCUCAGUUGCCAUGAGUUACAAAGGCUCCACCUUAAAGAUACACUACAUACGCUCUCCUCCACAACUGAUGAUUAGUAAAGUCUUUUCUGCUAGAAUGGGUAGCUUCUGUGGAAGUACAAAUAACUUGCAAGACAGCUUUGAAUAUAUCAACCAAGAUCCUCAUGCUGGAAAACUGAGCACAAAUCAGAAUACUUUGGGUCCUUGUCGUCCUGGAAGUAACUUAGGUCUACUGCAGGCGUGCAGCAGCAAACUGCUGCAGGGGGUGGCUGAAGGAGGACCUCUCCGGCUCACCCGGAGUGCUUCUUUCUUUGCAGCACACAGCACACCAGUUGACAUGCCAAGCAGAGGACAGAAUGAAGACAGGGACAGUGGUAUUGCUCGAUCAGCCUCGCUAAGCAGCCUUCUGAUCACACCCUUCCCAUCUCCAAGCCCCUCUGCGUCCUCUUCCAGCAGUUAUCAGCGCCGCUGGCUUCGGAGUCAGACAACAAGUUUGGAAAAUGGCAUCUUUCCAAGGAGGUCAACCGAUGAGACAUUUAGCUUGGCUGAAGAAAGCUGUAGCUCUAACCCAGCCAUGGUUAGGAGAAAGAAAAUUGCUGUCAGCAUCAUCUUCUCUUUGUGUGAGAAAGAAGAAGCACAACAGAACUUUCAGGACUUCUUUUUCUCCCAUUUCCCCCUGUUUGAAUCUCACAUGAACAGGCUAAAGAGUGCCAUCGAAAAGGCCAUGGUCUCCUGUAGGAAGAUAGCAGAAUCAAGUCUUCGUGUCCAGUUUUAUGUCAGCCGUCUGAUGGACGCUCUGGGAGAAUUCAGAGGAACUAUCUGGAAUUUAUAUUCUGUUCCAAGGAUAGCUGAACCAGUGUGGCUUACCAUGAUGUCAAGCACUUUGGAAAAAAACCAGCUCUGCCAGCGCUUUCUCAAGGAAUUUACAUUUCUGAUUGAACAAAUCAACAAAAACCAGUUUUUUGCCGCCUUACUGACUGCAGUGUUAACCUACCACCUGGCUUGGGUGCCAACUGUCAUGCCUGUCGACCACCCUCCCAUUAAAGCCUUCUCGGAGAAGCGCACCUCUCAGUCGGUGAACAUGCUGGCCAAAACACAUCCAUAUAAUCCUCUCUGGGCACAGCUGGGUGACCUUUAUGGAGCCAUAGGCUCUCCAGUGAGAUUGACUCGCACCGUGGUGGUCGGCAAGCAGAAAGAUUUGGUCCAGCGCAUUCUUUAUGUCCUGACCUACUUUCUUCGUUGCUCAGAACUACAAGAGAAUCAGCUGACCUGGAGUGGGAAUCACAGUGAAGGUGACCAGGUUAUAAAUGGGAGCAAGAUUGUGACAGCCUUGGAGAAGGGAGAGGUGGAGGAGUCCGAGUAUGUGGUAGUGACAGUGAGGAACGAGCCUGCUCUCGUACCCCCUCUCCUGCCAGCAGCAACAGCUCAGAGAAGGAGCCCUGCGCCUUCAGGCUUAGCUGAGGCCUCAGAGGGCACUAACGCUGGAGAACUGGGUCACAAUCCUGAAAAAGGUGGACACAAGAAAUCAGAGCAGAUUUCUGAGGCCAGUGGUAUAGGAUUCCCAGAAACAGAACCAGACAUUUUGUGGAAACUUCAGGGUGUGUUCUCUGAGGAUGAACAAGAUGGACAAGAGGCAGCACAAGAUGACUUUUCAAGAUUUCCCAGCUGUGAGAUGCCCAGGGCAAGAAUAAAGAUGGACCAGCAAUCUGUCCAUGAGGAGCUGAAGGGGGAGAUGCUAAAGAAACCACCAGACCGGUCAGCAGCCUGGCCCUGCCCUGACAGACAUUCCCAGGAAGAUCCUCCCAUAGAAAAGGUCACUUUCCAAAUCGGAAGUUCUGUAUCUCCAGAGUCUGACUUUGAAAACCGCACCAAAAAAAUGGAGGAGCGGCUAAAGGCCUGUGGACGAUAUCGAGAAGUAGCCAGUGCCUCUGCCAGGUCCAGCAUGGCCACUGGCUUGACUCAGGACCAGCAGAGCUCUAGGUGCUCCUUCAAAACUGACUUUCAAAAGAAUGUUGGCCUUCCUCAGGACCAGUCUUUGGAGAAAGGGGGUGAAUGUGACCGGGGUUUUGCUGAGGACAGAGGCCUCAGAGCUGAUACUGUGGCAGAUGCUAUGGGACAACUUAGCCAAGCAGAUGGCCUCUUUGCACCUUCCAGUGGUAUGGCAGGCAGUGGCAGGAGACCACUGGAGCUGACUGGUGUUUUGCAAUUAAAAGGCGAGAAAGGACCUUCAUCAGAGCCUGUUCCAAACAGGUGUGGACAGCAGGGUGACCUGUUGGUUGCUGUAGAUGUCCCCUGUGGGGAUGCUGGUGGUAAGGCCAACUUCAGGAUUGAAGGAGACAUUCCCAGAAAUGAAAGCUCAGAUAGUGCUCUUGGAGACAGUGAUGAUGAAGCAUGUGCUUCAGCGAUGCUACCAGGUCAUGGUGAUGACUGGACUGAAGGGUCCUUGGAAAUGGAGCUGCCUCUACCAAGGUCUCAGAGCAUCAGCAACCCAAAUGUUAAAAACUUUGGGCGCUCACUUUUGGCGGGUUACUGUGCUACGUACAUGCCUGAUCUGGUGCUGCAUGGGACCAGCAGUGAUGAGAGACUGAAGCAGUGCCUGGCGGCUGACCUGGUCCACACGGUACAUCAUCCAGUGCUUGAUGAGCCCAUAGCUGAAGCUGUCUGUAUCAUCGCAGACACAGACAAAUGGACCGUCCAAGUGGCCACGAGUCAGAGGAAAGUGGUGGACAGCAUGAAGCUGGGCCAGGAUGUCUUGGUUUCUAGUCAGGUGUCCAGUUUACUGCAGUCCAUUUUACAACUCUACAAGCUUCACCUUCCUGCUGAUUUUUGCAUCAUGCAUCUGGAAGACAGACUCCAGGAGAUGUACCUUAAAAGUAAAAUGCUGUCUGAGUACCUCCGAGGACACACACGUGUGCAUGUGAAAGAACUGGGUAUGGUGCUGGGGAUUGAAUCUAACGACCUGCCUCUGUUGACUGCUAUCGCCAGCACUCACUCUCCUUAUGUGGCGCAAAUACUCUUAUAAGCUGAACUCAGGACAGUUCUUCUUGGAAAAAACAUUCUCAGCUGAAGGAGAACACAGUAAUCUUUCUGUGAUGGUGAAGCGUGAGAACACAGAACAGUCAUCACACAUUUGUGUUGCUGCAGUAAAGUGGAUGCUUCACUGGGAGGCUUAGGCUUACUCAACACCGUGGCAUUUGUGAUUUUCGGGAAUACUCUGAGCCUUUGUUUCCCGGGAAUCAACAGAAAGAAUGGCCUUUCUGGCAGGAGGGAAACGUAAGCACUACAGUCAAACUAAGCUGUUGUACAGAUGGCUUUGUGCUGUUGGGCAGAAUAUUAACAAGUGACUUUGGAAUAGAGGGUAUCCAUCGUACAGAACAUUCCAGUAGGAAAAUACUUCCCAUUUAUAGAUAAGGCUGCAGACCGGAGAGAACGUAGUAUGUUCCAAGGCAGGCAGAACAACUGGGUUUCAGGUUGGAGUUUGCUUUGACAAGCGGUGGCGUGAAAAGAGCCAUACUGUGCCAUCGUCAGCUCUGUGCUAUAGCAGCUCCUGUAUGACAGAGGGCGUGGAAGAGGCUUGCCUAUUGGGAAGAGAGUGCUCUGGGGACCCUUGGUCGCAGUGUGGCCACAGGCAGGUCUGAGAGGGAUUGCUGGUGCAAUAAGCUCAAUGUAGUGUGCUACCCUGUCGGGUGUGGUGGCUAGCAGCCCAGUGUGCAGUCUCACACCAGGUGUUAAUCUUCUACGUCAGCGCUGUCUGUAGCCUUCUCACGAGAGGCCAUUUACCAAAGCUAUUUCUGUAAGCGCGAGUGUUUCUGUUGGCUAGCUCUUCCAGCCUGAGCCACUUUCCUUCUGGCAUAGCUAAUACAAAUGGCUGUUUACACUUUAAAAGGUGCAGCUGUCCCACUGGGAAGUGAACCAUGCAACAGUUCAAGGUGACAAAUGAAAUUGGGCAGUUGGGACAUUUAGAAGCAAUCCAUGUGCGAUUCAAGUUUUUACAAGGGUCAACUCUGCACCUUCUAAUCCCUUUAAUGGUCUUAAAACAUCUUUCCAGAAAUUAACCAUUGCAUAAAACUUACCAAAGUGAAGAGUCAGUAGUCUAGUUCACUUUUUUUUUCCAAAAAAAGCUCAAUUUUUUUUGGUUACUAUUAAAGAAAGUUAGUGACCAUUAAACAGUCUGUGUUAAUAGACUAAAUUUUUUUUAAAAACUGAUGGUUGAAAGACAGGAGCUGGUCAGGCAAAGGCACUGAGCUCCUUACUGCUUUCUGCGGGUCCCUGCACCUGAGAAUGUGGUUUGGCUCUUCUAGGGGUUCAGAUGACUUCAUGAUGUCACAUCCUGAUCCAUGUGACAUGUCUCUGUUCUUUACAAAUACUAGUUGGUUGAGCCAUGCUGACUGUUCUGCUGGUCAUAAAUGGCUCCAUUGCUUCUCAGAGGUGGGUUGGAACCACCCCCUUUCCCUUUUUGUGCUUUGUAAGAAUAGUUGAGAGCGUCAAGGCACUUAAGAGCUUUAAUUUGCAUUUUAUAUAUUUCACUAAAUUGAAGUUUUUCAUUCUUUUCUAAUGUUUUUCCCAUUCCCCUGUUACCUUACAUUUGAGUUGCUGUUUUCCAUUCCCUGCAUCCAUGAUGUCACCAUUUGCUGUUACAGGAGGAGGAGCCCCUCCUCUGCCUCCUUGGCUCUCCCUCCUGUGGAUGAGCUGUCAAAGCUGAUGUCUCAGCUCCCUCCCUCCCUCCCCAGCUUGGGCUCCCCUCCUCUCUCACCCACUCCCCUCAUUUACACAUGGACACUUUGACUCAUUCAUCACCUUCCAAGGUUUCAGAGGAAAUAGCUCAAUACAAAAUCAGUUUAGUUUUCAUUCGAAUGUAGUAACGUGUUGAAAAUUAGACUCAUCUGGGAAACUGAGUUUUAAACAGGUUGAUUCUCAACUUCCUACAUGAGAAACUUAGACCAGCCCCCCUCAAAGCCUGAGAAAAUUUGCUUCUUAAUCUAAUGUUCCAAAACCUGAAAACUGUCUGGUGGGAAACAGCAUACGGGUCACAUGCAGGGUUGUUUGUGUCACUCGGGACUGGCAGAGCCCAGCUUCUCCUGCUGCUGCAAGGCACACAGGAACACAGCUGCUGUUUCAUAAACCUCCUGAGGUAAGGAAUGUUCACCUUUUCUUUGUCUUAAUUCAACCUCCUUCCGAAAGCAAAAACAAUCCCAUGGACUUCUGUUGAGACACGCCCACUCACGGCCUGGACCGCUGGUGGCUUCAUUCUCUCGCAGCCGAAGAGUCAAGAAAGGGAUCUCACCCUCCUCUAUGCCCAACUCAAGGAAAAAAAUUAAAAAUUUUUUAAAAAUAAAGAAAUCUACCUCAGUUGACAGGAUUCCACCUGAGGGCUCUUCAGCUCUUAGGCUUGGCUGCUGUCCCUUUGUAGCGCCUUGCUUGUUUCAGCAAGCCAGGGAGGCCGACAGCAGAUGUGGGAAGCUCUCCUGGGAUGGACUCUUUCUAGCAUGUUGUGGCUAUGUAUUUGAUAAGUGAUAUGAGUGUAUAGGUAAUUGUGUACGUUUUAAACCUGGCAAUGAAAAUUUCAAAUGUAGCUUCCAUACCUGUGCAUAAUCCCAAAGUGUUUUAUUUGAUCAGUGUUAAACAGCUUUUGCACAGCCUCAAUCCAUUUUCCUGAAGUGUGCUGUUUUUUAUUGAAAGUAACUAUAACCUUUUCACAUCUCAUGGAACUGCCGUUUACACAUUGCAAUUUUUUAAACUUACCAUAUUUUUCAGAAUUAACUUUUUUGGAGGGAAGAAAUUCCCCACUUGCUAAAUGGUAAUAAACUGUUGUUUGGGCUCUUACAGUUAGGUCCUCGGGUUUUAUAAAGAAUUUAGUCUGUAGCUUUUUAGGUUCUUCACUAGAGGUGGAUGUACGUAAAGAAUAGAAAGCAAGCCUCAGAUCCCUUUAAAUGUCUGCGUUUUUCACUAACACUACUUUGGGGGUGUUUUGUUCAUGCAUACCUUUACCAUGAAAUUGAAAAGUUCCUUAUCUUCUCUUAGUUCUGUGAACCCUUUGUUUUUUGUUGUGUUGCUGGAGAGGACUUUUCAAUAAAAUUUUGCCUAAAUCAAACAGCCCCCUCUGAAUGUUAAUUUUUAAAAUGUUACAAUGUAGUGAACCCUACAUCUGAAACAUGCAUCCACAAUAUUUUUAAAUUUAAGUGGUGGCUUAAAAAGGAGAAAAUUCUGGGAUGUGUUGUUAUUGAUCUUCCAUUAAGAGAAACUGAUAGGACAUUUUUUAAAUCAGUUGAAUGAAUACCAGUGUCUGUGAUGGAAAAUUUUCAUAAAGCAUUCAUGUAUCAUUUUGAUCCAUUUUUUUCUGUGACAUUUGGUGCAAUAAACUUUUUGAAUUUAUCUUGAA